GUGACGCUGCUGCCUGAACAAAAACACCAACACUGUCUGCAGACGGCGAACAGCAAGCGCCUCUCAGUCGUCUUAACUGUACUAUUUUCCCAUCUUGGACCCGCGAACCAGCAUUAUCAUAUUCAUCCAUCCCUCCCUUAAGCAUGGCAGACUACUUAAUAAGUGGUGGGACAGGCUACAUUCCUGAUGAUGGACUCUCAGCUCAGCAGCUCUUUUCAAUUGGAGAUGGCCUAACAUACAACAGAUCUGACCAACAGUGUGUUGUCUCGGAUGGUCAUACGGCUGAAGAGCUUUGCUCUAAAGGAGAUGGGUUGACUUACAAUGACUUCCUGAUUUUACCUGGCUUUAUUGACUUUACCUCAGACGAAGUGGACCUGACAUCAGCGCUGACCAAGAAGAUAACUUUGAAAACUCCUCUCAUCUCCUCCCCCAUGGACACGGUCACAGAGUCAGCCAUGGCCAUUGCAAUGGCGCUAAUGGGAGGCAUUGGUUUUAUUCACCACAACUGCACACCAGAAUUUCAAGCGAACGAGGUCCGCAAAGUCAAGCGAUUUGAGCAAGGUUUUAUCACAGACCCAGUCGUUAUGAGCCCACACCACACGGUCGGGGAUGUUAUUGAGGCCAAAGUCAGGCACGGUUUCUCGGGGAUUCCCAUCACAGAAACCGGAAAGAUGGGCAGCAAGCUGGUGGGAAUUGUCACCUCCAGAGAUAUUGAUUUCCUGUCAGAGAAAGACCACAAAAAACCUCUAUCGGAGGCUAUGACCAAAAGGGAAGACUUGGUGGUUGCUCCAGCUGGCGUUACACUGAAAGAAGCCAAUGAUAUUCUGCAGCGCAGUAAAAAAGGCAAGCUUCCCAUCGUGAACGAUAACGACGAGCUGGUGGCCAUUAUUGCCAGGACUGAUCUCAAGAAGAACAGAGAUUACCCUCUCGCUUCUAAAGACUCACGCAAACAGCUUCUGUGCGGCUCCGCCAUCGGCACCAGAGAGGACGACAAAUACAGACUGGACCUGCUGGUGCAGGCUGGAGUGGACGUUGUCGUACUGGACUCCUCACAAGGGAAUUCCGUGUAUCAGAUCAACAUGAUAAGCUAUAUUAAACAGAAAUAUCCAGACUUGCAAGUUGUGGGAGGAAAUGUUGUUACAGCAGCCCAGGCCAAGAAUCUGAUUGAUGCAGGAGUGGAUGCUCUGAGAGUUGGUAUGGGCUGCGGCUCCAUCUGCAUCACGCAGGAAGUGAUGGCAUGUGGGCGACCCCAGGGGACUUCUGUGUACAAGGUGGCAGAGUACGCUCGGCGUUUCGGCGUGCCGGUCAUUGCUGACGGUGGCAUUCAGACCGUAGGACACGUGGUGAAAGCUCUGUCCCUGGGAGCAUCGACUGUUAUGAUGGGCUCGUUGCUAGCGGCAACCACCGAGGCUCCAGGGGAGUACUACUUCUCAGACGGCGUGCGGCUGAAAAAGUAUCGCGGUAUGGGCUCUCUGGACGCCAUGGAGAAAAGUACCAGCAGCCAGAAACGCUAUUUCAGUGAGGGUGACAAGGUGAAAGUAGCCCAGGGGGUGUCGGGCUCAGUCCAAGACAAGGGCUCCAUCCACAAGUUUGCACCUUACCUCAUAGCAGGCAUCCAGCAUGGCUGCCAGGACAUCGGAGCAAGGAGUCUCUCUGUCCUCCGUUCCAUGAUGUACUCUGGAGAGCUGAAGUUUGAGAAGAGAACCAUGUCUGCACAGUUGGAGGGAGGUGUUCAUGGACUCCACUCUUACGAGAAGCGACUUUACUAAGUAUCUGGUGGCGUUGAGACGAAAUGCAAUCCGACGGUGACCAAAUGUUAAAUCACCACUUCUGCCAAAACUCCGCUCCACCCACUACACCCUCUCUGCCUCCCCUACAUCACGCCUGCUCCUUAACUUAUCUCACACGGCUGAUCUGGGGAGGAGAGCGGCAUCGUAGCAAAACAGACACCGGACUCUCUGAACACUUUGGACUUUUCUCAAGAAGCGGCGCGUCAGGGUCUUCUGGAAUGACACACACACACACACACACACCUGUAUCCUCCAUAUUCAGCCGCAUCCCAGUUUUGUUUGUUGAUAACUGUGAGAGACAGCAGGGUUGUGUGUGGACGCAGUACAGACAAAGUGAACUGUGUUCAUUUGUCCCGUCAGAACCAGCCACAGUGCAUCUAGUUUCAGCUCGUUUGGGAUCCACACUUGCCAGCAAAUCGUGUUAGAAGCUAAACUCAUCCCAGUUCUUAACUUGUACAUAUUCAGAAAACACAACGGUACCCUUGUACUUAUGUUCAUUCUGUGACAACAAACCUUGAACUUUUGUUUUUGCAUUUUUAUGUUCUCAUAUGUGUUACUUGAAGAGGAGCAGCUUAAUUUACACCACAUGAUUACCUUGUUUCAUGCUUUUUGUUUCGAUAUUGGCCAUUGUUAAUCACAUCAACCCCUCAGACAUACUGAGCCAAAUAACCGGUGUCCCAUCUCAGUGCGUGUACUCUGCGAGUGUUGUUUCAUGUGGAAGGAACCAGUUUUCUUACAAAAGAGCUAAAUGGAUCAAUCAGAAAUGCUUAAGGAAGAUAAUGUCUUUGUUCGUAAUUUGAAUCUUUUUUUUUUUUUUUUUUUUUAAAUGUCUUUUUAUGAAAUCUGGGGACUUUAAAUUGAGAAUGA